GGCGCACUGAGCAGUCCCGGCAUCGGACGUCGCAGGCGCAUCACGCUUCCAAAGCUUCGGAGAGCUUAUACGUGAUAGUGCGUUUUGGUGAUUGUUUUUUAACUGCUUUAGUUGUUUUUCGUGGUAGCAGGGUAAUCGGGGCAGAUAGUACUAACGGUUGGCUCCGCGCUCAAGUGUGGCAGACAGCAAGCAUGACGAGCGCCGGAGGCUGCGCUCUCGUGCUUAUCUUUUUGAUUGGGAGUGCAUCUGGUCAGGACUAUGAUGUAACAGAUAUACAGUGCACAUUCGCAAGUACCGGCUCAGGGAUCCGUGACUCGGUCACAGCCUUACUUCGGAAGCCCGAGGGGUUCCGCGGAGCACCCUUGUUCGCUGACGAUAGAGCUACAGACCCCGUGGCUGACCCCAUGUGCCAGAUUCGUCCUGAACCGGAGGACCCCACAGGAUUACUCUAUAGAUUACGGAUCGCCGACUUUACAAAAUGUGGAGUGCUAAAACGGAAUGGCUUUGUUCACGUCCGUGUAUGGUUCCCUCAAUUCCCCGGCGUAGUGAUGCAGUCAGAUCAAGAGCUGAUCAUCAUGUGCAAGCCGCCAGAGCCAACCAUCAUAGAGAACAAGGCUGCAGGUUUUGCCGGUAGUUUUCCGCACGGUGCCCGCGUAUCAGGGGUGGUUGAAGAGACUCCUGGCCGGCUGGAGUAUGAAGUAGCGUUGUACAAAGAGGCACCACCUCUGUCCCGACACUCCAAUCACUCAGUAGACAUGCCUGUUGACCAGGCAGUACCGAUUGGUACAAAGCUCCAACUGCGCGCGCGCAUUAACCCUGAUUCUGCAUGGAGGCACAUAAAGCUAUUGGAAGUCGCCGUGUCCCCAGACCCAGAUCGACCUCACGCUGCUGGCGCUGUCUUGUUGGUUAAGGAUGGAUGUCGCAACCGAGACUUCGCGUCAAUCAUCCCCCACCAGCCAGCGCGUUACAGAGAGAGGCAUAACGAGGUCUUUUUGGAUUUCGAGUCUUUUCUCCUAGCGUCAAUGAAAGAACGGUCUACUCUAUGGAUACACUCCCAGAUCAAGGCUUGCAUGGAGCCCGCUGACUGUCAACCGGACUACUGUCUCGAUUUGUAUGAAACUUCAGGACAUGGUCGUCGCAAAAGAUCGCUAGCGGGUACGGUGGAACACAAUAUAACCAGCGCCUCUCUGGUGGCUGACAAUGGAAGUACACCGUUCACUCGCUUCAAAGAGAAUCUUGAGUAUUCAGUAAUUAUGCCGGGAGAACUCUUUCAUAGAACACCCAUAGAGGCAACCUGUGCGACAUCUAUGAUGAUAUCUGUGGCACUAGGCACUCUGCUGUUUAUGUCCGCAUUGCUGAUGUGCUACCUCGCAACAAAAUUAAAUUCAACAAUGAUGAAAAACAGCAGCCUACCUACUAGAGGAAAAGGCUUCGAGCAAAUUUUACGAGAAUUGGCUCACCAUUCAAUCCCCGACACGGGAUAUACGGGACGGCCUACCGUGCAAUAAUAGAAUAAAAUGAGUGUACCUAUACCUCGUGAUACUUGCUACAGAAUGUUACUUUAUAAGGAUCAAAUCCAAAUACGUAGCUUAGAGAAAACUAAAUAAAACCCUUAUUAUCAAAAACAAAAUUAACCUCAAAGUCCUUUUUAACUAAAGACAUUGGGCAGUUUAAAUGACAUUUUGUUUACUCUAUAAUCAAAGACAAUUAAAGUAAAUUGUCUUUGUUAGAAUGAAGAAACUGAGGCUUUAGUUAAAUUGUGAACUAAUUAGUUUUGAUGAAUAAGUCAAGCUGUCAGCUUAUCUUCUAAAGUGAAACAACUGACAUUGUGUUAUAAUUCGCCAAUAUACAUAAAUUCAUUAAUUUAUACUUACAUAUUUUAUAGAAAUUAAAUAAAAAUUUGGUUUUAAAAGCAUUAUAACACACACGUAAUUUUUUUCAAAUAUUUAAAGUUUAAUACUUUGUAAAAGGCGUUAAAAGAGCUAUUAUUAUUAUUGCCCAAAAAUGAGUUUAAAUAUAGCCCAACAGUAUUACUUAUUCUUAAUUAUUAAUAACAUAUUGUGACCUAAAAUACAACAAAUCGCAUUGUUGUAAUCUCUCUGAGACUACAAUUUGAUAUUUAAAUUUAUUAUAUAAACACAACUCGUUGCAAUUUGUAGAAGAAAUAUAGUAGAAUUCAAGCAAUGUGCUUGGAACAUUUAUAUUAAGUAAGUAAUGUCUUAAGAUUGGUAGUAUAAAAACUUACUUUAUUUUGUUUAAGUAUUUAUUUAAAUUUAAAUAAGUUUAUCUUAUUCUUAUGACUGAAAAAUCAGAAGCGACCAUUUGGAUCAAAUAAUUUUUUUCAGUCAUGACAAUGUUUUACGUUUUUGGAACGAUUUAUAGAUUUAGCUGUAGGUAGGCAAUGACGCCACAUAGUUCAUUAUAAAAUAAUUGUAUUUAGUUUAAAAUACUAAUAAAACUCAUAAAAUUAUAAUAAAUUAUUAUAAAAACAUUAA